AUGGCCUUAAAAAGUAUAAAUAUUAGUGGGAAUUUCGAUUGGUGCCCGUUUGAGGAAUACAAAAAUUACCUGAUAUGUUUCAAUUCACAUAAUUUAUUAUACUCAAAUAAUGGUAGCUUGAAUAAUUAUACAUAUUUGCUCGACAUAAAUUUAAAUAGUGAUAUUCGAAGCCUAGAUAUUGUACAUAAAUUAAAUUUUGAAGAGGCACUAAGCAGAGAAAAUAAUAAAUCUAAUAAAACAAGUAGCAAUGAAUAUGUAACAAGUUUUGAAUGGAUUAAUUGCAAUAAUUUUGUAGAAAGUGAAAAUGAGAAUGAAUUAAAUAAAGGUAUAAUAAUAGGUGGAUUAACAAAUGGAAAUAUUAUUUUACUAAAUGCACAAAAUUUAUUUGACACAAAUUGUGUAAAUUAUGACAAUUUUAUUCUGAGCCAAUCAAAUAUACAUGAAAGUAGUAUAAACUGUUUAGAAUGUAAUAAACACAAAAAUAAUUUAAUAGCAACAGGAGGAAAUGAUGGACAAUUAUUUAUUAUUGACAUUGAAAAUAUUUUUUCUCCAACAUCUUAUGAUCCAUAUUUAGAUAAAAAUAAUUUGCAAAAAAUAACAUGUUUAAAUUGGAAUAAAAAAGUAUCUCAUAUUUUAGCUACUUCUUCUAAUAAUGGAAAUACAAUUAUUUGGGAUUUGAAAAUAAAAAAAUCUGCAGUUAGUUUUAGAGAUCCACAUAGUAGAACUAAAACAUCAUCAUUAUGUUGGUUAGAAAAUCAACCAACUCAAAUUUUAAUUUCAUAUGAUGAUGAUAAGAAUCCAUGUCUUCAAUUAUGGGAUCUAAGGAAUUCAAAUUAUCCAAUAAAAGAAAUAAUAGGACAUUCAAAAGGUAUUAACAAUAUAUGUUUUAGUAGUAUAGAUUCUAAUUUGUUGUUGUCAUCAGGAAAAGAUGUAACCAAAUGUUGGUAUUUAAAUUCAAAUAAUUUUGAUAUAUAUAAUGAAGUAAAUAAUUCAGGAAAUAACAUUUAUUCGAAAUGGUCUCCAUUUAUUCCAGACAUGUUUGCAUCCUCUACAAAUAUGGAUACGAUACAAAUAAACAGUAUAAAUAACGGAAGUAAAAUGACAAGUAAGUAUAUACCAACUUUUUAUAAAAAAGAUGCAUCUAUAUGCUUUGGAUUUGGUGGUAAAAUAUGUCUUUUUGACAACAUAAAGAGUGAUAAUGGUUCUAAUUUAUCUGCAUCUGAAAGUGCUUCAAAUAAGAAUGCUAACCAACUGAACCAAAACAUUGCCGAUGAGGCAAGCAUGCAAAUUAACAAAAAUAGAGGAUUGCAAAAUGAGGGAGGAAAUAGUAACAAUCCAUAUUUGAUAAAAUGUCAUAUUUAUCCAACAGAAGUAGAUUUGAUAGAAGAAGCUGAUAAAUUUGAAAAAUAUAUAGCAUGUGGAAAAUAUCAAGAAUUUUGUGAAAAUAAAAUAGCUAAAUGUGAUGAUUAUCAUGAAAAGUUAACUUGGAAAAUUUUACAAUUAUUAUGUACAUCUCAAAAAGAAGAAAUUGUUAAACAUAUAGGAUAUGAUAUGAAUGAAAUAAAUCAGAAAAUUGUAGAAAGUAUAGGUGAAGAAUCUGGAUUUAUAUUUAAAAAAUAUAGAUGUGAAACAAAUGAGAAUAUGAAUAACGGUGGUAAUAUUACAUCUAAUAAUUUAGAAAUAGAUUCUGAUAUGAAUAAUAAACAUGACAAUACAAGAAUGAACAACCUAAAUAAUGGAGAAAACAUUUCUGGAUAUUCAAACUAUGGAAAUAAUAUGCAUGGAGAAUUUGUAACUUCUCAGAUGCAAGAAAAUGAACCGAAUUUCAAUGAACCGUUUGAUUUGGAUCCAGAAAAAUUUUUUAGAGAACUUGGAGAAAAAACUGAAAUUGAAAAAAAGCAAGAAAAUGAAACAUUUAAAGAAGAUAAAAAUGGAAAAGAAGAUUUAAAGAGUUCUGUAAAUAAUGUUGAUUCGAAUACAAAAGAUAUGAUAAGCACGAUUAAAUGCCAAAAUCCAGAAAUUGGUUUUGGUGAAAUAAAUGAAGAUAGUAAACCAAAUAGUAAUAAAACAAAUAGUAAUAAUUGGAACACUGGAAUAGAAUCCAUUAUAAAAGAAUGUUUACUUGUUGGUAAUAUAGAAGCAGCAGUAGAAUUAUGUUUGUACCAAAAUAGAAUGGCAGAUGCAUUAUUAUUAUCAUCUUUUGGUGGUGAAAAUUUAUGGCACAAAACCAAAAAUAUAUAUAUAAAAAAACAAAAUGAUAGUUUUUUAAGAAAUAUAAAUUAUGUAUUAGAUGAUAAAUUAGAAUAUUUAGUAAAAACAAUUGAUCUAUCAUCAUGGGAUGAAGCUUUAUCUAUUUUAUGUACAUAUGCUAUUAAUAAUCCUAAUUUUAAUAAUUUGUGUGAAAUAUUAGCAAAAAGAUUGCAAAAUGAAAAAUUUGAUGUUAGAUCUGCAUCUAUUUGUUAUUUAUGUGCAUCUAAUUUUCCUGAAACAGUUGAAAUAUGGGAUAGUAUGCCAUCAUCCAAAUCAACAUUAUUAAAUGCUUUACAAGAUAUUGUCGAAAAAAUUACUGUUCUUAAAAUGGUUAUAAAAUAUAAUAAAUAUAAUUCAACAAUGAAUCAAAAAAUAAAUCAAUAUGCAGAACUUUUAGCAAAUUCAGGACGCCUUAAAGCGGCUAUGACAUUUUUAUCAUUUACUGAAAAUGACAAUGCAAUAGAAAAUCUUACUUUAAGAGAUAGAAUAUUUAACAGUGCUGCUCAUAUAAUGCCACCUCAUAUAAAACCUCCACCAUCCCCUUUUCAGUAUUUUGAUAUUAAACCAUUUGGUCUAUCACAAAAAUAUAAUAAUAGUAAUAAUAUAACAAAUACAUCUAUCCAUGGUAUUUAUAAUAAAUCUCAAAUUCAUCCAAAUAAAAGUUUAACAUCUAUUGUCCCUCCUCUCCCAAUAUCUGAAAUGCAUAAACAACAUGGGCCUUCUACACCUAUGGUUCCAUUUAGCCAUAAUUCACCUACAAAGUUUAAUACUCAAAUGAUUAGUGGUUCAUCUGAUAUUUCUAGAUUACCACCACAAAAAGAUUUCAUGGGUUCUAUCAAUUCUACAUCUAAUAGAGGAUAUCCCACAUCUAACUUUAACAAUAAUGUAAAAUAUCCUUCUAAUGGAAUGGGAUCUUUAUAUAUACCCCCACCAAAUAUCCCAUCUCAUUCGACAACUCCAAUUAAUGCUUCAUCACCUCCACACACUUCAGUACAAAAUUUAGCGCAUCUAUCAUCUCAUUCAAAUUUAAAAUUAGAACAUGAAAAUAAACUUCCCCAAGGACUAAACAUGUUUGAAUCACAAUCUUAUACAAAUGUAAAUAAAGCAAUGCAAAAUAGUAUGGCUCCACCAUCUAAUAAAAUUCCAAAUAUUUCUCGAUCGAGUUUUUCAGUUUCACAAAAUAAUAUUCCUCCUCCUUUUUCUCAAAGAAAUCGACAUACAUCUGUUUCAACAUCAAUGGGAAAUCCGAUUCAACAAAAUAUUCCUUUUAUUCAAGAAUCACAAUUAAAUAAAAGAGAGUCUAUUGAUUCCCAAGUUUAUAAUCCUGUUUCACCUUCUCAAAUUUCACCAAUAUCACAGAUCCAACAAACACAACAGCAAAAUAGCUUUACGCCUCCACAACCAUACUCUCAAAACAAAGUUGGAUUCACCCCUCCAUCAGGAAUAAAAACGACAUCCCCAGUAGCAGGCGCUAUGUCUAUAACUCCGGGAAUGCCCGUUCCAUGGCCAAUUCCAACAACAACUCAACAGCUCGGGUCGACAACACAGUCAACAGCAAAUGAAAAUAAAAAAAUCCAAACCGUAACAAAGGAACAAAAUGGAGUGCUAAUGAAUCGCAGCAAUAUAGAAAAUGUUAAAAGAGUUAUUUCUAAUUUACUAAAUAUGUAUACAUCCCAAGAAUUAGUUAAAAAGAAAGCUGAUGAUAUUUCUGUAAAAGUGCAUGAACUUUUUGAUAAAAUCGACAAUGGUGCAUUUAACGAACAAAUUAAUACUAUAAUAAUAAAUUUGGCAAAUAGCAUAAAUGAAAAUGACUUUAAAACAGCUAACAAAAAUUUGAUGGAGGUCAGCAGGAACUUAUGGGAUGGAAACAACAAGGCUUGGAUCAUGGGAUUAAAAUGCAUUAUUCCAAAAUGCUGA